UAAGCCGCCAAAGUAAAUAUGGAUCUAAUCUCUUUACCUGUUCUGACAAACGAAGACUCACAUAAAAAGCUGAAAGUAGAAAACAGAAGGAAAAACAUCUUUGUUACGCAGUUGGACGAGCUCGGAGAGCAAAACACCGAACAGAUGAAACACAUCCCUGUGAUAACAGAGUGUUCUAGCGGGAUCCUGGAGACAGGCGUGAACACACUGCAGUCAACACUGCUGCUGAAGAAACAGGUGGAGAUGAUCGACGCUCACAGAAAACUUCUGGACAAACGACACCAGUUUAAACGCGUCAUGCAGAUCCUGCAGCAGAGAAGAGCAGAUUUACAACACAAACAGCUGGAGACAAAACAAAGGGCAGCGAAAUUUGAGAAAUUUGUAGAAGAGAAUGAGAUAAAACGUCGGCGUGCCUUGAAGAAAUUCCUGCAGGAGAAACAGCAGAAUGAGUGUAAAGAAAAGGAGAAAGCUGAACUCUCGACACAACUGGAACAAUUGCAAGCAAGGCGACUUUAUUUACAAGAGAGGGUGAAGAAAUAUAAGAUUUUUGAAGAGUUCCUGUUGAAGGUUCUUCAGGUACUUCCAGACAGUAAGUCCAGACGUGUGAUGAAUGCGUGCGUGCGUGCGUGCGUGUGUGUGUGUGUUGAGUGUUUCAUGUGGUUUGAAUCUCAUGCAGACUAUCUAGGCUAUGGAACAGAUUUAGUGACGCCAAUAAUCAGACGUCAUGAGACGCUGUCCACCUCACGCCAGGAGCUUCUGCAGCAGUUAACCUCUCUGACGGAGGAGCUAAAAACAAAGCAACACCACCUCGACGCUCUCAAGCAACAACACAGCACAUACAAACUCAUGAGUAACCAGAAGUUAACAGAACUGCAGACACAGUUGGAUGAAAUAAAGGAGAAGAGGAAACAGCUGGAGAUGAAGCUGCAGAUGAGUGUGGGUCAAUCCAGAGAUCAGGUGGAGGAGAUGGGCAAUAUUUUCAUGGCUGUAAGGAAUCUUGGAGAGCAGUGUUCUCUGAAUCACUAUGGACCUUUAGAUGUCAUGGACACGAUGACUAUGAUGGACAUGAUAAAGGAGUACAUUAUGGAGAAAGCAGACCUGGAGAAAAGAGCCAUGAGACUCCCAGACGCCAGUUCAGGAACACCAGGAAAAAAAGCUUCCAGUAAGAGCAGCAGCAGACCAGCACUGAAGAUCCCUCAGUAGUGACCCACAGAAAUCACCACAAUACAUUUUUACAACUAUAUUUUUAUCAUUUCUGUGUGAUGUUGUGGAUCAUGGGAUAUCCUCACGAAACCACUGAAACAUCAUGGCAGUAAAGAUUUUAAUUAUAAAACAUAUAACUCAGUAACACAAAAAUUUUGUAGUCUACCGCACACAAAGCAUCAUUUUUACAUAGUAAUGAAUUAUUUCUGUACAGUAUUUUAUUGUUUUUUUUCUGCUGGAAUUCUCAUUACCCUAACGGUAAUUUAACAGAGUCAAAUUAAAACAUUCUGAAAAGAACAAUUGGAUGUACUACUUGAUGUUCUCAAAUGACAAAAAAAUAUAAUUUAUGUAUAAUAAAAAUGUAAGAAAUAGUGAAAGAAAGAAGAGUCCCUGACUGAUAUUCUCAUCCUCCGCAACAAUUUAAAUGACUGUUUACACACAUGCCAAAAUAUUUACAUUAAGUUAGAUUUUAUGUUAAGAAACACAUCUGCCAGUGCCUCUCAAAUGGCUACCAUGUUAACAGAUGACUGACUAAAUUGAUCAAAAAACUUAGUAUUCUCUUCAUUCUCAUUACAGAUACAGGCUGUUUUAUGUAUUUAGAAAAUUGUUACAUGUAUAUUUUUCUAGUAAAAUUUGAUGUCUUAUUAUCCAUUUAUAAAAACCUGUUCGGGCAUCAUGACUUUGCUUUUUUUUCAUCUUAACAUGCUAUGGGAUUGACUGUUUUAAAAGGUUACUUUAUACUUAUUUUUUGUUUAAAGUCAAAUUUUAUUAAACUGACUGUUAAAAGUUUUUUCAUUAAUGCUUUUAAACACAUCAUACCUUGUUUUUUAAGUGUUUUUAAGGAAAUCAUGUUUGACAUCUUGAAAGCAAGAUUUCACGAGAAUCACCCAGAUGCACAAUUUGGUCAUUCAUUUGGAAUUUCAAACAUGCUAAUAAAUCUAUAAUCCAGUGUGCUUCA